CUACUUUUUCUCCUUGUAAGGUGCGAACAUAUUUUCUACCCCUAGCGUUAACGAGAGUAGACUGCUCAUUUCAAAUCAAAACCAGCGGAGCUAUCUCGCUCAACAAUUUAAAUGAAUUAAUUGCGUAUCCUGUUCUCUCCACAUACAAGACUCCAUCUCCGAGGCGUUUAGCUGCGAUAAGUAGCUGGGAACAGGCUCACAUUCCCCCGAAAUAAGCCCUAUAAGCAACGUGAGAUUUCCAGUAAAGUUGCUAUCCAAAAUGCCAAUUUACACUCAACUCCCGAAACAACUCGAUACGGUAGAUGUGGUCAUAGCAGGAGGUGGCACAGCGGGCUGCAUUGUCGCCUCAAGACUUGCUGAUGCGGAUCCCAACCUUUCCAUUCUGGUCAUUGAACAAGGCUCGGACAACAAUGGCGAUCCCUCUGUCACUUUCCCUGCCAUGUAUCCUAUCCAUUUAUCUCCUGAAAGUCCUAGAAUGCAAUUCUUGAAAGGGAAUAAGUCCAUCGCGCUGGCUAAUCGAGAGCUGAUUGUUCCUGCUGCGAAGAGCCUAGGUGGGGGUUCGUCUGUAAAUAUGCUGAUGUAUAGUCGGAUCCAGCAAGCUGAUGCAGAGUCUUGGCAGUCUCCUGGCUGGUCUCAAGAUGAGAUGUUGCGUCUGAUGAAAAAGCUUGAAACAUACCAUGGUCCUGGGCGUAAAGAGCAGCAUGGAUCUGAUGGCCCAAUUCAAGUAUCUUUGGGCACUUAUUCUUCCCCUCGGCUUUCAGAGGCUUUUGUGGCCGCCAGUGCGCGAAUGGGCUGGAAAGAACUUCAAGAUCUAGGAGAUUUGGAAACCAAUAAUGGCAUCCAACGUGCAUUACGCUAUAUUUCACCGGACGGUAAACGGCAAGACACCGCGCAUUGCUACCUUCACCCACGUCUCCAAGACGGCAAGCAUCCGAACUUGCACGUCUUGGUGGAAUCUAGGGUGGUGAAGAUAAUUUUCGAUGAGACGAAGAGAGCGACGGGUGUAGUCUACGCACCCAUGCAAUCGGCGGAGCUUCGUAGAAUCAAAGCAACAAAGAUGGUGGUUGUUUCUAGCGGAGCUUGUGGAACACCUCUUUUGCUAGAAAGAUCUGGUGUCGGCGACCCAAUCAUCCUCAAGCAUUCUGGCAUCGAACUUGUUGCCCAGGUUCCAGGGGUUGGCGCGACCUACGAUGAUCAUUAUGUCUGCUCGUACCCAUACCAUUCGAGUCUGGACAUCCGAGAGACUCUAGAUGGGUUCUUGAAUGGAAACUUUGACAUCCCUGAUAUGAUGCAAAGAAACGAUGAGAUAUUGGGUUGGAACGGCUUUGAGAUCACCGGGAAGCUUCGACCUAAUCCUUCUGACGUCGUCACCCUGGGUCCUGAUUUCGAAGUCGAGUGGAAUCGAACAUUCGCCAAUAUAUUCAACAAGCCAAUGAUCGGUCUAACCUUAGUCGCUGGUAACGCCGCCGACCCUUUUACAGCCCCAGUGGGGCAAUACUUCAGCAAUUCAGUCUUUAACCUGUACCCAUUAUCUACUGGCCACAUACACGUAACAGGUCCAAAUUUAGAUGACCCCUUGGACUUCGAUCCGGCAAUAUUUACAGAUAAAGCUGGUGUGGAUAUCAAGAAGUGUAUCUGGGCUUACAAGGCACAACGUGAGAUCUCUCGUCGCAUGAGCGUUUAUCGCGGCGAGGUAGCUACGCUACAUCCAGAGUUCGGAAAAGACUCAAAGGCAGCUUGUGUCAAACUGCAUGGCCCACCAGCGACGGACAUCGAGGACAUUGAGUACACUGCUGAAGAUGAUGCUGCGAUUGAAAGGUGGCUUCGAAACCACAUUUCCACGACAUGGCACUCCGCAGGAACAUGCAAAAUGCUACCGUUGGAUAAGAAUGGCGUAGUCGAUGCUAAUCUGAGCGUUCACAAUGUCACUGCCUUAAAGAUUGCGGAUGCAAGCAUCAUACCACACAAUGUUGGUGCUCAUACCAAUAAUAUUACCAUGGUCAUUGGCGAAAAGGCUGCAGAGAUACUGAUUGAGGAGUUGGGUCUCUCUCAAUAAAGCUGAUAGAGUUGGGGAUACUCAUACAAGUCAGUUUUGGCUGCCUCAAUCACUGAAUAGCUUGUGUUCAUAUUGUUCCUCUAUUAAUAAGGAGAUCUCCAAUGGUAGGCCUACAGGUUACAGUUCAGACUUUAGAUCACGUGAUUAGACCUCCAUUGAUCGUUCCUGAAGGUAGCACUGUGUUACACACUUACAAGCUGAACAUAUACAUAUAGUUCGUUUUACGCUUUGGCUGUACGAAAGGCCAAUGCGAGCUGUUCAUGAUCUUCAAAGACAUGUAGGCAAUAUUGGAAAAUGAAGUUAUAAAGACUUUGCUUCAUGAAACAACCCAAUGAGACCUAGGCGGUCUGGGCUGGCAGAACAGUUGUAUAUAGAGUCAAGUCAAGCCACUGAGGCCAAGAAGAAAUUGGUUGGUCAAGGACUCCUGAAGCCCUAGUUGAUCAUUGUAAUCUGAACAGCUUCAAUU